AGCGGGGGCGGAGGGACGGGGCGCACCCGCCCCAGCGGCCCCACAGCCACCCUGCGCCUCCCGGCCGGCGGCAGCUCCCCGCGCCGCCGCCCCGGCGCCCCGAGCCGGCCGCCGCCUCCUCCUCUCCCCUCCGGCAUGUUUUAAGCCCGGCUCUGACCGUUCCCCUUCGGGCUUCCCCUCCCGCCGCCGUCGGGUCCCGUCCCGUUCCCCCCCCCCCCCCCUGCGGUCCUUGCGCAUCCCCCCCUCGAAGGGCCGGCGGCUGGGGGGGAGCGGGGGCGGUGGGCGCCCGGGGGGGGCGAGGGCAGAAAAGCCCCGCUCGACACCAUGGCGUCCAGCUAUGCCCACGCCAUGGAGAGGCAGGCCCUGCUGCCCGCCCGCCUCGACGGCCCCGCCGGCCUGGACAAUUUACAAGCCAAGAAGAACUUCUCCGUGAGUCACCUGCUGGACCUGGAGGAGGCGGGUGACAUGGUGGCCGCCCAGGCGGACGAGGGAGGCGGAGAGCCCGGUCGGAGCUUGUUGGAGUCCCCCGGCUUGACCAGCGGCAGCGACACCCCGCAGCAGGACAAUGAUCAGCUGAACUCAGAAGAAAAGAAGAAAAGAAAGCAGAGAAGGAACAGGACUACCUUCAACAGCAGCCAGCUCCAGGCACUAGAGAGGGUCUUUGAGAGGACACACUACCCCGAUGCCUUUGUACGGGAAGACCUUGCACGCAGAGUCAACCUCACUGAAGCCCGAGUUCAGGUGUGGUUCCAGAACCGGAGAGCCAAGUUUCGCCGGAACGAGAGGGCGAUGCUGGCCAGCAAGAAUGCCUCUCUGCUCAAAUCCUACUCAGGGGACGUGACCGCAGUGGAGCAGCCCAUAGUACCUCGCCCAGCUCCGAGACCCACCGACUAUCUCUCCUGGGGUACUGCCUCGCCUUACAGCGCCAUGGCCACCUACUCUGCCACGUGUACCAACACCAGCCCAGCGCAGGGCAUGAAUAUGGCCAACAGUAUUGCCAACCUGAGACUGAAGGCAAAAGAAUAUAGUUUACAGAGGAAUCAAGUGCCCACAGUCAAUUAACGACUGGAGGCAGCUGCCUUGCAGAAGGAGAAAAUACAACAGCACCCGUCCUGCUUCGCAACUUGUUUGUGCUGAAAGAAAAGAAAAAAAAAAACCAAAAAAAAACCAAACAAAAAAAAACACACACAAAAAAAAAAAAAAAAAAAAAAAAAAAGAAGAAAAAAAGCCAACCCUAAUCCAGAACUGAACAUGGGGACCAAACUGGGAGCAAACUGAACCGCUCGUGAGUGACAAGGUUCCUCCUUCCUUUUGGGAUAAUGCCACCAUUUUUUUUUCUUGUUAUUGUCAGGUUUAUUGCUUCUGCUCAAUAUACUACGAGCUUCUUCAGUAAAGGACAGUCUCACCCUUGUUGGGUUUCCAUUUUUGUAUGGGACUGCAAAAAGAAACCUCUGCCGAUCUCAGCCUGAGGACGUGUCCCACCUACCAUCAUGCUGAGAUGCAAAGCUUGCUCCUCUCCCCGCUGCCCCUGCUCACCCUAGAAGAAGAAGUUGUUUGGUCACCGCUUUCCGUUGUAUCCACCUGACCCUUUGUCCCUCCAGUCCCUUGUGCCACAGAGGCAGCGCCGUUACUGCUAGUCCAUGAGAAGCCCGUUAAUGCAACGCGAUGGGGUCAUCCUGCUGGGGUUGCCUCUUACCAGUCCGAGAUGUGAGGAAGACCACCUUGGGCUUCGCAGCGCUUCAUUGCUUUCUUGAGUAUUCCUGGCACUGCUGCCUCGAAAAGCCAAAGAAGAGAGAAAAGCCAACGUGGGUGUGUGAGCAGGGGAGGCGUAGUUGGGGGGGGUGGGGGGGGGUGUCGCUCUGUAGUGCCAAGAAUAGGACUGUUAGGACACUCCUUUCCAUGCCUUACUGUUUGCGCCACAGGGAAAGGCGUUGUCCAGAUGCAUUUGUUUUAUAUAUACUGUAUAUAUUUAUAUAUAUAAGAUAAUACAUGCAAGCUUGGUUGGUGUUUUUUAUUAAACAAAAUAAAAUCCAUUGAAAAUGUUUGGGAUGUUUGUGCUGCAUCCAGGUUCCUGGAGCCGUGCGUUGAAAUUGCAGCCACAGCCUCUCUCACCCUUGUCAGGGCUUUUCCCAGUAGCCUCCAGCAAGGCUUGAAGUGGCCAGCUCGCACCUUCCCGAGAGGAGCCCCAAAGAAGUGGCACUGGAGGGAGCCAGGCUCCUUUGCAGAUUUUCCCCAUGGGCAUUUGCAGCUUCAUAGAGUGAGACGAGAAUCUCCUCCCCAGUCAGAUAGGUUCAUGUGGCUCUUGGGAACACACGAGGACAUCACCAAGGAAAGUCUCUGCCGGCCCCUCUGAAGACAGGUAGUGUCCCAGCAGGAGCAUCUCACACAAAGACUGUAUCUCCCCCCAGGUCCCAUAAAACUGCCCGAUGAGACUUGUCAUGUCACUUUAACCACUCUCCUGCGCUCUCCCUCCCUGCUGCCCUCCCCCUGGGGUCUGGAGAGCUGAUUAGGACCUAAUUGCCUUUUAUCCAUGAAGAGCAGAGGAGAUACAACCCAAAAGAGGUUUCUUCUAUGUAAGCAUCCUGAGGAAAUAAGGAUCUUUCAUGUUGCUGAUGAUGCCUGCCUCUUUCAAAUGUGGGGGGAGGAGGGGGCUUGUUUAUGGCAAAUAGUGUUUGCACAGGAGAUCUGCCCAAACCGAGUGGGACUUUGCCAUGGAAUAGUCCCACUGAAGGUAGCGGAACUACUCCGUGGUCCAGGCUGGACCAUAAGGGAAGGAGAGCAAAGCUCAGUUACAAGCUGGAUACUUCUGGUACAGUGGGUUAGGUCUCCUCCUUGGUGUUUGCUGCAGACACGCUGGGCACAUGUAGAUGUCUGACAGCGGGCUUUGCUAGUCUAAAGCGGUGUUGUGCAGGAAAAGAGAAAUGGAUCUCUUUACAGUGAAGGUGAAAAUUAAACUGGCAGAGGAGGAAUGGAAAUCCAGCCAAAGUAUUUGAGCUAACACUGGGGAAAAAGCCUCAAAUCCAAACUGGUGUAAGUUGUGCUUGUGAUUGUGUGUGUUGCUGCAGGAAUUCUUUUUCUCCCUGUAUGGAUAUUUUUGAGGCGGGGGGGAGGAAAAAAAAAAAAAAGGAAAUCUAAUUGUGACCAGGACAAAAAGCUAAAAGUCGCAGAUUAUGCUUGUGGACAGAACACCAGCAGGGGAAGUGAGGCUGGACAAGCACCAUGUUUUAAAAAAUCCGUAACAUUCUGUUUGAUCCCCUUUUUUUGGCCUUUCCUUCAGUAGUCUGGAGAAGCUAACGUCUCGAAACCAAAAUAUUUCUGUCAUGAGUAGUGUGGUUCCAGCUCCUAGAGCCAAGCGAUCACAUUGGAAAUCUCAGCCUUCACUUAGAAACUCACCCUUGGUUCCUGUGCCUAUGCAAACAGAAACUGUUGAAGAACAUGUCCUGCACAACCAGAAAGAAAAAGGACCCAGUGCAAUGUAACUUUACUCAGAGGGUGAACCGGUCAUUGCGUGCCUUAGCCCAGUGCUCUCCCCUCUCCUUGCCUUGCUGCCCUCCUCCACGAUCCAUCAAUGUCCCAGCAGCACCAGCAGCCUGAACAAACUCCCCCGUGGCGGCCUGGGGCUGCCCCAGUGGCCACCCUGCAGGUUUCAGCUGUUUCCUUCAGCAUCUUGGUGGUCUGUGGCUUCCCCCCAGUCUUUUCUCACCUUUUCUGCGGUAGAAAAAUCACCUUGAGCCACUUCCUUUGGUGUCUGUGUACAGGCACCCAUUUCUGAAGAUAGCAAGGGGACAGUUCAGAGAGCGUGAAGCUCCUGGUACCCCGUUAUCCAUCUGUGGACCGGGAUACCCAUCCCUAUCCCCAUACCAUGGUGUUUCCAUGAAGGGGCUCACAUAGAUGCCUGCGCAAACUCUUGUUCACCCUCCUCAUUUUCUUUGUGUGAGGAACUGAGUUGACUUGCACGGGGCUGCUCCUGCGGGAAGGUGUUGUCAGCUUUUGCACUUCCAGUUCUAGUUGGGUUUUGCCUUGGGUUGGCCUGCUCACUUGGGAUUGCCAUCACAGCUGACCAGGCUGUUCUCAGUCCAGGUGAGACCUUUACAUCACCUUUCAGCUGGGUGACAUCAAGAUGCAAACCAGAGCAUCCAAGACAAUAUUUGCUUCAUUUACAUGGAUUUCCUAAAUGGAGACCAGCCGGAUGAAUUGGACAGGUUUUGUUGUUUGUUUCUUAAUUGCUGAGGGCCACAGCCAACAGGUAGUGUUGUCCAUCAAGCCAAAGCAAAAUUUUAUGAUCCUGUAUGUUUAAUCUGUAUUUUAUUGAACCAUGUAAAUAUAUGUGCAGAUUAAGAGCCUUAUCCUGAAAGCAUGGAAUUCUCCAGGUUUUUAGUAGACUUUCAGUCGCAGCAGUAGGAAGUUGCCAUGGUUACCCUGGUUAUCACUAAGUUUGGGUACCAUUCAGGGGAGAAAAUGGUCUUGAGGCACAUUCUUCUCGCCUGCUCUGCAGGAACGCUGUUUUCUCAGCUCCCCCCCUUCUUGAUGCAGAUAUAGGUACCCGAUUUCCUCUGAGUGGGAUUUUUGAGCAUGACAGGGAUGGAUGAUUGAUGAGGCUGGUGGAGCUUGACGCAUGUAGCCACGGGAGGGGUUCCCAGAUGGACGUGUAUCCUGUAAAUUAUCUUUUGCUUUGUGAUGUAAAAUGUAAAGUGUUUGCACUAGAAUAGAAAUGAUCAUUUUCAAUA